AUGACAACAACAGAUAUCCAGGAUGUAGUACGAAAGUUCGCAGAUGCCACUUCUUUAGCCGCUGAGGCAGGCUUUGCAGGGGUUGAAAUUCAUGCUGCUCACGGGUAUUUGCUCACUCAAUUCCUAUCAUCGGAAUCCAAUAAGCGAGAAGAUGCGUACGGCGGAACAGCCUCUGGGAAGGGCAAGGAUCGUGGUCGAAAUAAUUCAUCGGGGUCAAGGCUGUUGGAGCGAGUGCUGAAAGUUCUUGCGGAAAAUUACCAUGGAAUCUACGCUGUGAUGAGUCUGGAGCGAGUCACGAAUGUCAAUACGGUGCUUGAAGAUGCCGAGAAUCGAUACCAUUCUUACAACAUUGAAGCUAUUGAUCUAUCCAGCCUUGCAAGUCAGGUAUCAAAUGGCAUCGUUCCACCAAUCAGGGCAUUAAUAUUGAAUGUUGGAUGGCAUGAACAAGCGACACAGGCCUGGACUGAAGACGGCUUUGAUAUGUCAUUUCAAGUGAAUUAUUUAUCGCAUUUUUUGCUAACGCUCCUUUUACUUCAGAAUUUGGAUAAAAGUACCCAACAUGCAAGCAACAGACUAGGCAACAUUGCCAACGCCUACCAAUCGAGGAAGUACCAACGAAUCUUUAAUGAGGCGGCAGAUACCAGUGACAUUGCCAAAGGACGGUGGAGUUCACAAAAGGAGCACCCCGCCGAUCGGCUAGCGGGUAUUAGACGACAUGGUGCUGCAAAACUCUGCCGGGUUAUGAUGCGCCUAGAAAAAGACCCUAAACUGUCUGGAAUAUCUGUUCUAGCUGUUGACUCCGCCGCUAUGCCAACUGAAAUUAGCCGCCGAAAUGACUGGGCUAGGGGGGUAUUUUUGGCCCAAAUCGUCCUCAAAAUCGUUGCAGUCAUCACAACGUUAAACCUAAUGGGCCCUUCAGAACAACGUGGAGAUCUGCUGGUGAUGUAUUGCACGCUGGGUUUGAAAUAG